AUGGCCUCCGCGGGGUCCCAAGUGGCCGAGCUUGCCUCCAAGCUUUACGAUGCAUGCGUGAAUGAAUUUGACUCCGAUCACCUGUUCUACCAGAAUGACUUUCUCAAUCUCAAAGUCAUCCCAAAGAACGACGUCGCGCUACUGCUAGAAUGCACUCAGAGCCUCGUCAAUCAAAAUCUGUUCCGACUUCUCCAAAAAGAUGGAAAGCUCACAUGGAAGCUCAUUGACCGCGAGGAUGCCGAGAAGCUCCGGAACCUCACCCCGGAUGAGGCCAUGGUCUACAAUGUCAUCCACUCCACAGAACGAACAGGUAUCUGGGUGCGGCACAUCGGAAACCGCACGAACCUGCACAAGUCGAUCCUCGAUCGAUGCCUGAAAUCCCUCGAAGGAAAAAAUUACAUCAAGUCCCUCCACAAUGUCAAAUACCCCAGCCGAAAAAUGUACAUGCUGGCCGGCCUUGCUCCGAGCGAAGAAGUAACCGGAGGAGCAUGGUUCACGGAUGGCGUACUGGAUGCCAACUUCAUCAACAGCGUCGCAGGUUAUAUCGAAUAUACUGUGAGCCGGAGGAGCUGGUACGAAGUCCCCGCCUCAGACCGCAAGAAGCGCAUCAAGACCGCCUCCGGCAAGGUGGACGUCAAGUCCGACGAGAAAACUUACCUCCCCUACCCCCACGGCUACGCAGGAUACCCGACCGUGGCACAGAUCACCUCGGCCGUUAACGAAAGUGGCAUCACUCCCGUUCGCCUGGGCGAAGAGAGCGUGGUGCAACUCCUGGAAAUGCUCUGCUAUGACAACAAGCUCGUCGCAUUAGGCAACGGUGAGUGGUACAGAUCCCGCAAGAGCCCUGAGGCCGUCAAAGCGGCACAGGCCCGCAAGGUGCCUACCCUCGAGGGCGACGAUCUCGCCGUUGCAAACAAGCACCUUGUAAAGAACGGUAUGACAGAAGCCCCCUGCGGCCAGUGCCCAGUGUUCAAGCUGUGUGCGCCUGGUGGUGCAGUGAGCCCCGAGACCUGCGAGUACUUCGAUCCGUGGCUGAGCAAUGGGCUUGGGUUCUGA